AUCAAGCUAUUAUUGAAGAAUCCGAAGAUUUCAUUGCAACAGCUCUGAACAAGGAUCAUUGAAGUGAAGCACCAGAAGCCAUGGAUCAAGCAUCAGUAUCACAACAAAAACAAAAGCGUCUAAUAUCACAUUCAGGCACCCUCAGCUCCAGCACACCAUUGGAGCAACUGGCUUCUGCUUUCUCUGCAACUGAUCAGCGUAAGAUCAGCUACUUCGAUUUUCAAGCAGCAGAGAGUGACAGUGAUGAAUCCCAGGCGGCAGGAUACCAGGUUUCCAACCAUUCAUCAGAACACCAAGCUAUCCCCAGCAGCAGUAUCAAUCAAGCAGAGGACACCUUGUUGUCGAUUGUGAAUCCUCAUCUACGGAGGAAUAACCAGUUCUGUCAUGGCUUCAGCGAAAAGUCUAAUGCUAAAUGUUAUUGGUCGCAGCAGGGAAACCUUCUAUCACUUGACCAUAACAAGUUGCUUGCUGAGGCAACCGGCAACUCCAAAGUUAGCUUAUGCUUUCAAGAUGAACCAGAACAGCAAUCUUCAAACUUUUCCAGGAUUUCUGGAACUUGUGGUGGGCCUGUUUCAUCCGGAGCAAGGCCCUCAAACAUCAAAACAAGACUAAAAUGGACUGCAGAUCUUCAUGAGAAGUUUGUCAAUUGCGUCAAUCUCCUUGGUGGCGCAGAGAAGGCAACACCAAGGGCAAUCCUGAAGCUGAUGAAAUCAAAUGGGCUGACACUCCUCCAUGUCAAAAGUCAUUUGCAGAAAUAUCGAUACGCAAAAUGCAUUACCGAUUCCACACAAGGAAAAGCUGACCAACGUGUUGAUGGUGAUGAAUUCCCCAUGCUCUAUUUGAAAAGUGGCCUGCAAGGAAAGGAAAUACUGCAAAUGCAGCUAGAACUCCAAAGACAUCUUUGCCAACAAUUAGAGAUUCAGCAAAAUCUACAGCAAGCAAUAGAGGAACAAGGAAAGCAAAUUCAAAUGAUGCUUGAGCAGGUAAAGAAAACAAAUAGGGCAUGUUGAGAUUCAGAACUUGGAUUUAUAUCAAAUCCCUGUGUACCAUAAUUUAACCCUCUCAACUUCAAUGUAACAAUUAAAUGGGUACUUUUAU